UGCAGGGCGCUGUAUUCUCACAACCAACAGACUACAGCUUUUUCAUCUCUUCACUAGUGUUGCUCUGCACCAUACUGGCUCAGAAAGAUGAAACUCCCAGUAUCAGCUUUCGUGCUUUUGAUCUGCACAGUUGCACUGCUGUCCACAACAGAGGGAAGACCUGUUCGCCCACCGCUACGUUGCAACUGCCCUCAAAUGUAUUCAGCUCCAGCAAUUCCAGCUGAUAAAAUACUCUCCUUGAGGUUUUUUACUGCUGGACCACAAUGUAAAAAUGAGGAGAUCAUUGCCAAAAUGAAGAAAGGAGAGAUGUGUCUUGAUCCUACGAAAGACUGGGUAAUUUCUCUCAAAGAAGAAAUCAACAAGAGAAACAUCAAGAGUCAUUCAACUACUACUGUAAUAUAGAAUUUUGUAAUAUCUGGGUGAUACUUUAAGUAUAAUAUAUAAAUGUUCUGUCACUACCAUCUGUUUAUUAAAAGUGAACUUGCAUGAACUUCAUUAUAUCUUAUGAAAUUAUAUUGAUUGUUAUUGUCUGAAUUGCAGAGGCAGACAAAGUAAACAACUUCAUUACUUGAGUGAAGUAUAGAUACUACUGGUCAAAUGCUACUCC